AUGGACCCCGAUCGGCGCGAAAUUGUCCUACAUCUCCAAUGCGGUAUUCCUGUCCCCUUUGAGAUACACGUUAUGUUCAUUCCGCGUAUAUCAUCGCCAAGAAAUCUGGCUGCUCUAUCGCAGUCGUGUGGGCCAACACGUCGUCUCUGCGACAUGGCAACACGGGAGCGGUGCUACCAGAUCCGCGUCAACCCGAAAGACUCCAGCAUAAACAAGGCUUUUGACCUCUUGAUGGAGAUACUCAGAAACCCGAAUCUGGGAAAGCAUGUCCGGGAGAUUGUGCAGACUAGACAGCCCAGCAUGGAACACCACUACAUCCAGACGGCAAAGCUCCGCGAGCUCAGUGCGGACGACAAGGACCUCCUCAGCGCGGCUGUCCUGAAAGCGGGUUUCGCUGGCUCCCAAGAAAGUGCGGUGCUCAACAUGCUCAUGCAAAAUACUACGGAGGCUCCAAGUGAAAAAUUGGACCGUUUCAAGUUUCCAAUAUCUGCUUAUGGUGGUGACUGUAAUGAUGGCAAUAUUCAUGGAAUUUUCAUUGCGCAGGCACUGGCCGCGAUUCUCAUCUCGGUGUCACCUAAUCUGGAGUCCCUCGUGAUGACACAGCCUUUUGAUACAUUCUCUGGAUUCUACAAGGAAGGCGAGAGGGCCCAAGAAGAUGUUGUUCAUUUCCCACUCGACCAACUUCUCCGUCGGGCCAAUGGAAACCCGGAAAAAACAGCAUAUCUUCAAAAUCUUCGCAAUGUGUACAUGAUGGUUGACGAUAGGCACUCGGACGACCAUUACUACAUGCCGUUGGACUUGUUGGAAUGCGCAUCGCUCUUCGAUCGCCUCCCGUCUAUUGAAUCCAUUAGCACCGAUGCCAUCAUUGACGACGAAAAUCAAGAGAUACGCUCAGCGCUAGAGCCCAGAUCGUCCAAUAUCAGCAGAAUCCGCAUCUGCCACUCUGCCCUCCCGUCACCAUUUUUUGUCACUCUCAUUGAGUCAUGCAAGACACUACGAGAAUUCCAAUACACCAUGGGUGGCCGGUGCGUUUUGGGAGGUUGGUCUGCGCCGUUCCUUGCCAGGGAUUUCAUCCGAUCAAUUUGCCUGCAUAAAGACACGCUGGAAGUUCUAAAUAUCGACGCUGAGCAUAACAUGAACUAUUUCCAUCACUCUUGUUUUGACGAGGGUCGUGUUGACGAGGAAAUUGACAAAGAGGAGUCCCGAUUUCCUGAUUAUGAAGACGAUGAAGUCCAAAUGCCCCCGCCCAUCUCGAGUAUCAAUGGGUCAUUGAAGGAGUUCCGGGCCUUGAAGCGACUGAGUGUGGGCAUAGGGUUUUUGGUAUAUUUUGCCAUGGGUGUUAGGGAAAAUAACGAGCCAAGACAACCAUUUCUGCUGCCGGAGGUUCUCCCCGAGAGUCUGGAAUAUCUGUGCAUUCGGGGGUACGAGAAAGGGAAGUGCAAACAGUGGGACACACAUAUUGAUGCCCUACUCGCCUCCUUCGUGUCUGGCUCAUUGGGGAUCAAGGAGAUCACAGGGAUUGAGGAAAUGAUUCCCAAUUCUGAAGAUGUGGAUAACCCAGACGAUGACGAGCACCUGUUGUGGGCUCCGAUAUAUAAUGUUAACGAAUAG